AUGCCCCCGACCACAGUUUACCGUCGCCAGUCUAUGGCCCAGCUGUACGAGAAGCUCAGUGCUCAGAGUGACGAAGAUGACAUGGCAUGGCUGGCCCAGUUCAGUCCCGAAGAGAAAUCGGAUGACCUCUAUACCCCUGCGGUCGCACCGAGUCCUUACUUGUCUUCGAUCUCAUCCACCUCCUCGUCUUCUCCCUCCGCCGAAUCCUCCCAGGUCGAUAGUCACGUCGAUGAUACUAGCUCCAGUGACGAAUCUAGUUCGGACGAUGCCCUCAGCUCGGAAUCAGAGUCAGAAGCCGAACCCUUCUCCUCUCUGACUUUCGAUUUCGACUACACCACUUACGACCAAUCGCCAUGUAUGCCCCUCCUUUUCCAGUCAGAUGAGUUUAUGAACACGGCAGACUCACCGUACAUACCCCCAGUCGACUCCAUUGUGCUCCCCCAGCCUACCUCCGUCCCGCUUGCGGGAUAUUACCAUCCCAUGCAACAAACUACCUGUCCCACUCCGCGCCAUGCAUCUUCAGAUCCCCCACUUCUCCUUCCUCCGACCUCUCCGAUUAUGGGCUCUGGGACCCCGCGCAGAAGACGUAGUGUGUCGACUAAUCAGUUUGACGGGCGGGGUGAUCCAGAAGAGCAAGUCGAUGCCGAGAGUGACGUGGACAGCGAUGACGACGAAUAUAUACCUUCUCCCUCUUUGAAUUCUAGGAAGCGGCGUCGAACGACUCGGACCCGUGUAUCUACUAGUGCCCCUCCUGCAUCCGCAGUACGCGUUGCGAACAUUUCUCAUGCAGCGAAGCGUUCUCGUUGUUCCCCCCCUUCCCGUAAUGUACAAGCCAUGCCAGGAACGGUCCCUACAGUCUCGAAGAACAACCCCUGGGCGUGUCCCUAUUGCAAAUGGGUCCAGCGUAACCACCGGACGCCUGAUCUCAAGCGCCACAUCCGGACUCACACUCGCUUUGAGCGCCCCGCCCAAUGGAUCUGUUGUGGUGUGCCCCUAAAGGACGCUGGGCGGCACGCCCUUCCAGAAGGCGCCGAGCCGUACAAUUGGCAGGGCAAAAUGAUGAUCGGCGGAUGUGGGAGAGAAUUCAGUAGACGCGAUGCUCUCAAACGUCACCUCGACAAUGAGCACAUCACAUGUGUUGGCGACCUGAAUGCGUUUGCUGCCUCUCACAACUAG